CAGUCCCCUCCUUAGAGCGUUCAUUAGCUGCCAGGCUUCCAUCUCUCGCGUCCGCUACGCUGCACAUCGCAACUGGCGAGACCAAUCUCCCCCGCAAAGCGCAGCAGGGUUUGUAGCACGCAAGCUUCGUUACCGUGAGGCUUUAGCUGCUCGCUCUUAGAUUGUCAAGCGGCCUGAAACCCACACGGGCCCAAACUAGUGUUCGAAUCAUCGUGGCCAGUACAGUAAACGGACAGGAUGCUCCUACGAGUAACCGCGUCGCUCCUGGCGCUCUGCGCGGUGCUGCUGGUCGGCACCGUGGAUGCCCGGCGUUCGAUGUUGGCGGCUGCGGGGCGCACCUUCCCGCCCUACAGCUGUGAAAGCGACCCCAGCCUUUCGCCCUUCAAGCUGGAAUCGGCGUACACCACCUCCCCCUCGGCAAAUGGCAUGCGCGUGUGCUUCAACGGGGCCGCACCGCAGCCUUGCCCCAAGGACAACCCCUGCUGCAGCAAGGCGGACUUUUACAAGUUGGAGCUGCGCGUGCGCCCCACCUGCCGCCGCGCCAUUGGCUCUGUCACAGUCAACGGGUUGCCCGCCCCUGUGCCCACAUUUGAGGUGUUUGGCUCCGCGCACGACAAGGCGCUUUUCAAGCUCCCUCGCCUAAACCUAACGACCGCCAACGUUACCGGCGCCAAGAUUUGCAUCACCCUGAAGGACCCCUGCCCCAACCUGGAGGCUCUGUGUCCGGAGGGAGAUGGCAGCUGCACCUAUGCCAUCGGCAGCAUGGCAGCUAUGCCCUGCAAAUGCUGCCCCGUCAACAAGCUAGGCUUUUUCCCGCCGCCGCCCUCGCCCAAACCGCCCUCGCCACCGCCUCCCGCGCCUCCCAGCCCGUCUCCCCCCAGCCCCGAGCCCAUCUCUCCCGGCGGGCGCCGCCCUCCUCCUCCCUCCACUGGCGGCUUUCCUUUCUGCGAGUGCGACCGCAAGCCUGGCUCCAUGCCCUUCACCCUGGCUAGCGCCCCCGUGCUGUCCCGCUCGCCCACCGGCCAGCCGCUGUACUGCUGGACGCUGCAGGACUCGGUGUGCGCCGACCCCACCAGUCCCUGCUGCAACUCCGCCCUGCUUAAGGUGGAGUGGUGGAGCUACGACACCUGCCGCGGUAGUGUGCGCGCCUACAUCGACAAGGUGCAGUACCCAGUCACCUGGGACCGCGACGGCACCUUCCGCCUCACCAAGCUCGGAUACUCUCCCUCCGACGUGGCCAGCAAGCCCAAGCAGCUAUGCGUGGAGCUGCGCAAAGAUGGCCCGUGCCCAACGAUAGACAAGUUCUGCCGUGGACCCAACUGCGUUUACUCGCUAUUCUCAACCGACAAGCAGUGCUGCCCCACCGCCACGACACCCGAGUCGCGGUGAUUGUGUGUGGGGAUGAAGUUGCUCGGACUGCGCGCAUGGGCACCAGGCGGCGGUGAUUGCGCCUGGCCAUUGCCGCUUUCAGUUUUGUUUGCGCGCCGCUGCAGAUAUAGGGUGGGACGCUCGCUCCCCUCCUGUGCAUGUUGCUGCCAUGCCCGGCGCGUGUGCAUAAUGGCCACGUUGCGCCAUGCACGCGCAGAGGCGUCCAUCGACUGUGUUUGCAGUGAAUAGCAUUAUUGGCGCUAGGGCCAACCGAGCCCACUUCGGGCGCAGGUUUGAUGUGUGGUAUGAAAGCUACCCCACCAACCUCGGCACGUGCUGAAGUGUUAUGCAGGUCUAGGGCAUAAGCUAAGCUCUAUUUGGUAAAAUAGCAUUAAUGGCUGACCUAGUCACGGGGCCUUUAGGCGGUGGAGAGGGAGGAGAGCAUUUAGGACACCAUUCAUUCUAGCUGCGCGAUAGGAUAGAUGCACUUUGGGGGCUCGUCACCCCAAGGACGUGUUUGGCGUAGGUAUGUGCCCCAACAGCAGAAGGGAACGAUCCAGGGCCUGGUGCCAGUGCCGUAAAGCAUGUAACCUUCUGUGUGC